CCGGACACUCACUCACCGGCCCCAGGGGAGAUAGUCGCUGCCAUAUAUGCGGUUGCCCACACCCCGAUUGAUGCCCCCCUCCGUAUCCUAAGCACUAACGACGUACUCACAUCCACAAUGAUUACCAAGACCCCAAUUUGGGAGGACAAUGGCUGGAUAAAUGUAUCCCCAGCGACUCAUAUCCGUGCCCUCCUCAAUCGGCUCAGACAGCGCUGCGCACCCACGUCUCUAGGGAAGAUUAUAAAACCUGAUGACUGGAAAACAUUGGAAAAAGCGAGACAGACCUUCUCCCCAAAUCAACCGCAGCUUUGGCCCACCGCUCCUCCCCCCUCCCUCAUUCGAGACAAACGCUUCGACGUUACAGGAGCCAAACUACUCACCCUCACGCAAGCUUCAGCAUACAAAGGAAUCAUCUCGUGGAAGUGCACUCCACCGAGACAAAAGGCUACCGCAAACCUGGGAGCAAUCCAUGAACUAACACCGCCCGGAAACUGCAUGACAAACAAGACGAUAUGGAUGAGCGCUCGCCACAAAGAUUUCAGUCGGUCCUUUGCGAUCUUCUUAUGGAAGUGCGUCCAUGGGGCCCUAAAAUGCGGCAGCUACUGGCUUAACAUCCCUGGUUUCGAGGAUCGUGCGCGAUGCAGUUUCUGCGGACAAACGGAAUCAGUGGAACACAUCCUUUUCGAAUGCCCGGCAACAGGACAAAGAGAAAUAUGGCAAAUAAUCGCUGCAUUGUGGCGAAAAAAGGGCCUACCUUGGUCCACACUAACCAUGAUCGACAUCCUCGCCCUAGGGUUAAAAGAAUGGACGAACGAGAAGAGCAAAUUUCGACCUGGAGCGACGAGGCUAUGGAAAAUAAUGAUCUCAGAGGCGGCUCACCUAGUAUGGAAGCUGCGGUGUGAUAGAGUCAUCGGACACCAAGACGAAAGAGAUUGGGAACAUAGUGCCAUAUACGUACGCUGCAAGCUAGCAUACAUUCUAAAUAGUCGCCUCUCCAUUGAUGUGGAAGCCACCAGAAAGCGCUACGGAGAUCGAGCCUUAUCGCGGGACCUUGUCCUCGCCACGUGGAACGCCGUCAUCUAUGAUGAACUAGCGCUCCCGGAAGACUGG